UUAGCAUCUUUACUUACUCGAAACUAGAACUCAAAUAGUGCAUUGUGUAGCCACAGAUGAGCUCUACAAAACUGUGUAUUCAGAUUGGUAAAACAAGCGAGCUUUGGAACUAGGAGGACCAAAGUAUAGAGUCGACUGUAUGAUCCAUCCUUGCAAUCAGGUAUAUACCCAGCAAAGCUAUCCAUAAGACCGUCUGAAAAUUUCUAGUAUAGUCUGCUCAACUCGGUUUUCUACGCUGAAUAUGAUCUGGCAAAACUGCAUAUUUGGUUUCUUGGUUCAAGGGUGGGCGCCAAAUCCGACAGGGUCCUUUAUCAUUGUUUCUUUUGCACAUUUAUCACUCGUUCUAGGUGGUAUGCCAGUUCCACAAAUUCAAACUCGUCCGAAUCUAACAAAUACACCUUAUCCAAACUAUCCUUAUGGUAUGCCAACUUAUCCACCAUCAUCAAUCACACAACCAUCUUAUCCACCAUCAUCAAUGACACAACCAUCUUAUCCAUCAUCAUCAAUAACACAACCAUCUUAUCCACCAUCAUCAAUAACACAACCAUCUUAUCCUUAUGCACAGCCCUAUAGUGCCGGUAGUCAAUCAGGACAAAUUCCCGAUAAUAUUUAUAAAGAAUCAUUGAUAUCAGCUGUUAUGGAUAAAGUAAAAUACAGAUUAAUGGAUGUUAUGCAACAAUCAAAGGCUGAAAUUGAUACAUUGAGAAAUACCGAAGAAGAGUUGGUGAAUGGUCAACAACGUUUAGAUAUGUUGAUAUCAGAUGCUCAACAACAAGAAAACAAUUUAGGUCAGUACAUAACACAAUUACGUUCAAAAACGGUGGAAAUGAAAGAUGCCGUACAAAAAAUGUCAUCGUCAAAUCAACAACAACAAUCAGCACAGCAUAAUGUAAAAGAUGAUGCAAUCAUUACACCAGCACCAAUCUAUAAACAGUUAUUACAAUCCUAUGCUGAAGAUCAUGCAAUACAAGAUUUACUUUAUUAUCUUGGUGAUGGUCUUCGUCGUAGUUCAAUAUCACUAGAUACAUAUUUAAAGGUACAGUAUAAAUGUAUCUAUUGCUUAUUUUAUUUUAAGCAUGUGCGAGAAUUAUCUCGUCGUCAAUUUAUUUUACGUGCAACUAUGCAAAAAUGUCGACAAAUCGCCAGACUACCAGUUAAAUAG